AUGUCUAUAAGUUAUAACUUCGCGGGAAAGGUAGCCCUAAUCACGGGCUCGAGUUCAGGUAUCGGCGCCUCAAUAGCCAUACUUAUGGCCAGAAGCGGUGCUCGCGUUGUGAUCAGCGGUCUGGACGGCGCUGAAGUGCGUUCAGUGGCCGACGAGUGCGCGCGAGUCUCGCCGUCGGGUUUGUCGGCACUCGAAGUGGUCGUAGACUUCCGUCGCGAGUCCGACGUCAGGAAAGUCAUUGACACCACUAUUGAAGCCUACGGACAGUUAGACGUAUUGGUCAACUGCGCCGGGUAUAUGGUUAUGGCUAAUAUAAUGGACCCGGAUUAUAUUGAGAAGCAAAAGGCUAUGUUUGACGUGAAUCUCAAUGCAGAAAAGGUAGCCCUAAUCACGGGCUCGAGUUCAGGUAUCGGCGCCUCAAUAGCCAUACUUAUGGCCAGAAGCGGUGCUCGCGUUGUGGUGAGCGGUCUGGACGGCGCUGAAGUGCGUUCAGUGGCCGACGAGUGCGCGCGAGUCUCGCCGUCGGGUUUGUCGGCACUCGAAGUCGUGGUAGACUUCCGUCGCGAGUCCGACGUCAGGAAAGUCAUUGACACCACUAUUGAAGCCUACGGACAGUUAGACGUAUUGGUCAACUGCGCCGGGUAUAUGGUUAUGGCUAAUAUAAUGGACCCGGAUUAUAUUGAGAAGCAAAAGGCUAUGUUUGACGUGAAUCUCAAUGCAGUCAUACUGUUGACACAGUUAGCGGUCAAACAUUUGGCAAAAACUAAUGGCAAUAUAAUUAGCAUAUCGAGUGUUGGGGCCAUUAAACCGGGUGUAGGUAUCUCGUCUUAUAGUAUGUCAAAGUGUGCCAUUAAUAUGUUCACUAAAUGUAUGGCAGUGGAGUUGGCACCCAAAAAGAUCCGGGUCAAUGCAGUAUGCCUUGGUCUAAUUCAUACACCCGCUUUUGAGACAUUAAGUAAUAUGACCGGGGACGAGCUCAAGGCAUUUAAGCAACGUUUGGUCGUUAAGUACCCGAUUGGUCGUAUCGGUGAACCAUCGGACGUGGCUAAUGCCGUAGUCCACUUGGCCAGUGAGCAUGCUACUUUUAUAACUGGCGCGUGUAAGUUGGUCGAUGGUGGCUACCUUAAUAGUGUUUGUAUGUAA